GUCCCAGCUUCACAUUCGCGUCUCUCUCUCCUCUCUCUCUCUCUCUUCCCCCUCUCUGCUAGGGUUUCAGAGCGCCGCUUUUCCUCUUUCCAAUCAGAGAGUGUGGUUUCGAAGGCGUUUUUCACUCAUCAACAUCAAGUUUCAGAUUCAAUAUGGCGAUGGAAGUCACUCAGGUGCUUCUAAAUGCACAAGCAGUUGAUGGAACUGUGCGGAAGCAUGCUGAAGAAAGUUUGAAACAGUUUCAGGAGCAAAACCUACCAGGUUUCCUACUAUCUCUAUCUGGAGAGCUUGCUAACAAUGAAAAGCCUGUAGAUAGUCGUAAAUUAGCAGGUUUGAUCCUGAAGAAUGCCUUGGAUGCCAAGGAGCAACAUAGGAAGUUUGAGCUUGUUCAAAGAUGGCUGUCACUGGAUGCGGCUGUGAAGACUCAGAUCAGGACUUGCUUGCUACAGACCCUCUCUUCUCCUGUGCCUGAUGCCCGGUCAACUGCAUCACAAGUCAUUGCAAAGGUAGCAGGCAUUGAGCUGCCACAGAAACAGUGGCCUGAGUUGAUAGGAUCACUUUUAUCAAACAUUCACCAGCUUCCAGUUCAUGUCAAGCAAGCCACUCUAGAAACUCUUGGGUAUUUGUGUGAAGAAGUUUCUCCAGAUGUUGUAGAUCAAGAUCACGUAAAUAAAAUACUGACAGCUGUGGUUCAAGGUAUGAAUGCAACUGAAAGGAACAAUGAUGUUAGGCUGGCUGCUACCCGAGCAUUGUAUAAUGCUCUUGGCUUUGCUCAAGCGAAUUUUACGAAUGAUAUGGAGCGUGACUACAUCAUGAGAGUUGUCUGUGAGGCGACUCUAUCCCCAGAAGUGAAGAUUCGGCAGGCAGCUUUUGAGUGUUUGGUCUCUAUCUCUUCAACAUACUACGAAAAAUUAGCUCCUUACAUCCAGGACAUUUUUAAUAUCACAGCAAAGGCUGUGAGAGAAGAUGAGGAGCCUGUCGCUCUUCAAGCUAUAGAAUUCUGGAGCUCAAUCUGUGAUGAGGAAAUAGAUAUAUUAGAAGAAUAUGGGGGUGAUUUCACCGGGGACUCUGAUGUUCCCUGCUUUUAUUUUAUCAAGCAAGCGCUUCCUGCACUUGUUCCUAUGCUGUUGGAGACACUUCUUAAGCAAGAGGAGGAUCAAGAUCAGGAUGAAGGGGCUUGGAAUCUUGCGAUGGCUGGUGGCACUUGCCUUGGUCUGGUUGCACGAACAGUAGGAGAUGAUAUUGUACCACUUGUUAUGCCAUUCAUUGAAGAAAACAUAACAAAACCUGAUUGGAGACAGAGGGAAGGAGCCACUUAUGCUUUUGGUUCCAUCUUGGAGGGUCCUUCGCCAGACAAGUUAACACCUAUUGUUAACGUUGCUCUAAACUUUAUGCUUACUGCCUUAACAAAGGACCCAAAUAACCAUGUGAAGGACACUACCGCUUGGACCCUUGGAAGAAUAUUCGAAUUCCUUCAUGGUUCUACUAUAGAGACACCCAUAAUUACCCAGACGAACUGCCAACAGAUUGUCACUGUUCUCCUUCAGAGCAUGAAGGAUGUUCCGAAUGUUGCUGAGAAGGCCUGUGGAGCGCUCUAUUUUCUUGCGCAGGGUUAUGAAGAUGUGGGCUCAUCAUCUCCCCUAACUCCUUAUUUCCAGGAAAUUGUUCAGUCCCUUCUUACGGUUACUCACAGGGAAGAUGCUGGGGAGUCGCGAUUAAGGACUGCUGCAUAUGAGACUCUGAAUGAAGUUGUGAGGUGCUCAACAGAUGAAACCGCUCCUAUGGUGUUGCAAUUAGUUCCUGUCAUAAUGACGGAGCUUCACCAGACUCUUGAGGCACAAAAGCUUUCUUCUGAUGAGAGAGAGAAACAAAAUGAAUUACAAGGCCUUCUUUGUGGGUGCUUACAGGUUAUUAUUCAAAAGCUAGGAGCAUCGGAACCAACCAAGUAUGUCUUCAUGCAGUAUGCAGAUCAGAUCAUGAAUCUCUUCCUCAGGGUUUUUGCUUGUAGAAAUGCCACUGUGCAUGAGGAGGCAAUGCUUGCCAUUGGAGCCCUUGCCUAUGCAACUGGCCCAGAUUUUGCAAAAUACAUGCCAGAGUUCUACAAGUAUUUGGAAAUGGGUCUUCAGAAUUUUGAGGAGUACCAAGUGUGUACUGUUACAGUUGGUGUUGUGGGGGAUAUAUGCAGGGCGUUGGAGGAUAAGAUUCUGCCGUACUGUGAUGGGAUUAUGACACAGCUUCUUAAAGAUUUGUCGAGCAACCAGUUGCACCGAUCUGUCAAACCUCCCAUCUUUUCAUGCUUUGGGGACAUAGCUCUGGCAAUAGGUGAGAAUUUCGAGAAGUACUUGAUGUAUUCCAUGCCCAUGCUCCAGAGUGCGGCAGAGUUGUCUGCCCACACAUCAGGUGCCGAUGAUGAACUCACUGAGUACAUCAAUCUUCUGAGAAACGGUAUCUUGGAGGCAUAUUCUGGGAUAUUUCAAGGCUUCAAGAAUUCUCCUAAGACCCAGCUCUUGAUUCCGUACGCACCUCACAUCCUCCAGUUCCUGGAUAGCAUAUACAUGAAAAAAGACAUGGAUGAUGUGGUGAUGAAAACUGCCAUUGGGCUACUUGGAGAUUUAGCAGAUACACUGGGAAGUAAUGCAGGUUCUUUGAUUCAGCAAUCUCUGUCAAGCAAAGACUUUUUAAAUGAAUGUUUGUCCUCAGAUGAUCAUUUGGUUAAGGAAUCUGCUGAAUGGGCCAAGUUGGCCAUUAGCCGUGCCAUUUCUGUUUGAGGCUGCUGCCACUUGGUAUAUAUUUUUCCUUUUAGAAGUCCCUGCAUGCAUAUGGGUGUGUCGAGUUGGGUUCGGGAUUGCAUACAUCGUGUCAGGUCAUCACCACCAUUGUCAGACAACAGAAGUGAUCUUCAAGUUGUCGCUAACUCUUGCAUCAGCACCACCAUGGGUCGGGGUUCUUUUCUUUUGCGACGGAGGAAGCGCGUAGUGACGGCUUCUCAGAAAUUGGUCAAAGCCUUGAAAAAAAGAAAUAAUAUCAUUGUUAAUGAUGGAGGACAGACAGGGUAGGGAGGGAGGGAGAUGCAAUUGUGAUAAAAUCCGAAUUAGGCUGCUGGGUAAUUGGUUCUCUGUCGGUCCUCUUGAUUGGAAUCAUCGUUACAAGAGUUACCCCAUGCCACCCUUGCGAUGCCAUCUUCUCCGACUGGGUUAAGGUGUUGGAAUGGAUUACUAUCAAGAGUUGGUUCAGAUGUCUUGACACUUCAAAACAACUUUAUUACGGUUAAUACGCGUAUUGCAUUGUUUCAAGUCAUCGUCGUCUUGUCGAUCAGAGUCAUGUUGCACAUCAUUUUGUUCAUUUGUAUACCCGUGGAUUUGGGGAUUACCCACAUUCUAUUUUCAGCAUUACAUCCUGCAUACUCAUAUUUCAUUUUCCCAGUUGUUAGCUUUUCCUAGGUGUCAUGAGUCACAUGUUCAAUACAUUGCAUUCACGAAAUCAUAAUAUCUGCCUUUUUAGCCUUUUCAUUUUCA